AAUGUGUAGCUGAAAAUGUCAGGAAGAGGGAUGCAGUUUUGGAAGCCUCCACACAUCUGUCUGUGGCAGGGUUGAUAAAAAAUGGAAGCUCUAACCAGAAAAACAAAUAAAAAGAGGUUCCCACCACCUUCCCACCGGACCCUGCCAUGGGCCCUCCCCAUCUCAGCCUCAGCAUGCUGGCAUAGCAGCGGGAGGCUGCCAUCCAGAGGAGCUGUGCUGGGACAUCCCUUCCCCCUGGGCCAUCCUCCCCGUCCCCUGCCUGGGCAGGAGCCAUGGAUGCCCACGUGGACCUGCUGACCGAGCUGCAGCUGCUGGACAAGGUGCCCACGCUGGAGAGGCUGAGGGCAGCCCAGAAACGCAGGGCCCAGCAGCUGAAAAAAUGGGCCCAGUACGAGAAGGAGAUGCAGCACAAGAAGAGGAAGCACGAGAAGAAGAGAAAUGCUGUGAACAGAAAGAAAGUGUCUUUUGAGGCCAGCGUUGCUCUGCUGGAGGCUUCCCUGAGGAAUGACGUGGAGGAAGUGUGUUACCUGCUGAAGAGCAACAUCAGCCCCGACCUGUGCAAUGAGGAUGGGUUAACUGCGCUGCAUCAGUGCUGCAUAGACAACUAUGAGGACAUAGUGAAGCUCCUCCUCAGCCAUGGGGCCAAUGUCAAUGCCAAGGACAACGAGCUGUGGACUCCACUGCAUGCAGCAGCCACCUGUGGCCACAUCAACCUGGUGAAGAUCCUCAUCCAGCAUGGAGCAGACCUGUUGGCAGUCAAUGCAGAUGGCAACAUGCCAUAUGACCUCUGUGAAGAUGAGCCAACCCUGGAUGUCAUUGAGACUUGCAUGGCCUAUCAAGGAAUUACCCAGGAAAGGAUCAAUGAGAUGCGAGCUGCUCCAGAGCAGGUCAUGAUCUGUGACAUUCAUGACAUUCUUGCCACUGGCCAAGACCUGAACAGGACUGAUGCCCAAGGUGCUACGCUGCUGCAUAUAGCUGCAGCCAAUGGUUAUCUGCAUGCAGCUGAAGUGCUGCUUGACCAGGGGGCAAGCCUGGAUGUGAAGGACUGGGAUGGCUGGGAGCCUCUGCAUGCUGCUGCUUUCUGGGGACAGAUGCAGAUGGCUGAGUUGCUCGUGUCCCAUGGGGCUAGUUUGAGUGCCAGGACAUCUUUGGAUGAGAUGCCAAUAGAUCUGUGCGAAGAGGAGGAAUUCAAAGUUCUGCUUCUGGAGCUGAAGCACAAGCACGAUGUGAUCAUGAAGUCCCAGAUGAGGCACAAAUCCUCCCUGAGCCGCAGGACCUCCAGCACGGGCAGCCGGGGGAAGGUGGUGAGGAGGGCCAGCCUCUCGGACAGGACAAACCUUUACAGGAAGGAGUGUGAGAAGGAGGCCAUGGUGUGGCAGCAGCUGGGGGCAGCAGAAGAAGGAAGAAACUCGGCUCUCAUUGGAGAAAUUGGGGAGACUCGGUCUGACCAGGAGAAUACAGACCCUAACUCAGUGCUGGAGAACUCCUCCCUCCUCCCGGAGCUGGCGAACAAAAGCACCCAGUGUGACACCGAGAUCCCUCUGCAGAAUGGACUGAUGGCAUCUGCCAGCCCUUACCAGUACACCUUUUCCAACGGGGACAUUUGGAGCAUGCACCCUGAGCCUGACAGCAACCCUGGGCACGUGCUGCCCUACAGCAGCCCCGGGCUGCCCGAGGCACCGCAGCUCUGGGGCACCUACAAGGAGCACAACCACCAAACGCUGUCGGAGCUGAAGAGGCAGCGAGCUGCAGCCAAGCUGCUCCAGCACCCCUUCCUCAGCACCCACUUCAGCACUGGCAUGGCAGGAGUUGCUGAGAACGAGGCCAAGUCGCACUUAAUGGAGUCCAGGACUUCUCCCUACAGCUCCAAUGGGACCUCGGUGUAUUACACAGUGUCCAGUGGGGAUCCGCCCCUCCUGAAAUUCAAAGCUCCCAUGGAGGAAAUGGAAGAGAAGGUGCAUGGGUGCUGCAGGAUUUCCUAGUCUGGUCUGUGUCUCACCCCAGAGGACAGGAGAUGUGGGUUGGAUCUAUCACAGUUUGCAUUUCAAAGGGAGAAUUUGGUUAUGGACAUCCUGACUUUGGCAGUCUUGUUCAUCUCAAAUUGUACUUUGCCCUGCCAAUUACUUCCAUUGCAGCUGGAUGAGUAAUGCAGGUGGAGCAAGGCUCUUUAGGAGAGAUGCACAUCAAUCUGAUGUCAAAAGAGUCUCCUGAGUCUUGCUCCAUGAGGAAGAGGGUAUGGAGUGCUGCCUCCCCAUCCUUGGGAAGCCAUGAGAUGCCUUGGAACAAAGAAAGGAUCUGAAUUCAAAUCUUUGUGUCUGAGCCUCUUGCUGUACGCCACUGAGCAGCUGGAAGGUGACAGUUCAGACCUGUGUUGUCACUCUUGGGGGAUGCACAUAUCCAGCCCCCACAUGAGGUUUGCAAGAGUGGACAGAACUGUUUUCCACACAGCUGGAUCCAGCACUUCCUGGGCUGGAGCAACAAGCAAGCACAGAUGCUGCACUUAGGAAGUUUGCAAGGUGUUACCUCCUUGCAGUGACAGCUCACCAUCACAAACUGUGCUCUGGCUGGCUCCUGUUCUGCCCUGUCAGCUCGUCACUGCAGACUGCCAUCAGGUUUGAAGCAGAACUUUUCCUGGAACAGGCUUCACUCAAUAGGCUUUAAAACUGAUGUUGCAAUAAAGGGGCCCUGGCAAUAGAAUUUUACUGCAAUAAAAUACUGACAAAGGUCUAUAUUGGGAUAAGUAAUUUAAAAAACUUAUUUGUACUAUUUAGACUCUUAAUUUGUUAAAACUGAAAAGACUUUUGUUGAUCUCACUUUCCUAUUGAUUCUGUUUGUUUACUCUGUAUGCUCAACACAGAUAGUAGGGGCAAUAUGCUUAGUGCUCUGAUUUUUUUCUGGAUUUCCAGAACCACAGGGCUCAGGAGGGAUGGGAAGGAAAGGCUUGCCAGCACUAACCCAGGAAGGCCAUGAGAGCAUUUCUAAUCUCAUAGAUGUGAACAGCACUUGCAUGAACCUGCAGUCUUUGGCUGAGAAAUAACUGUGACUAUUGCUGUGGUAGCUGAACGCUGCAGCAGGACAGGAGAUGCUUUGUUCUGAAGCUGUCAGCAGUGGGUAGCAGCUGGCAGAGGAAGGUUUAAAUGCCUCUGUGUCUGGGGGAGUUGCCUGACACUUAACAAAGCCUCUGUGCUGUGGAGCAGCUGCAGUGCCAGCACUGUCUUGGUGGAGUUCAUGUGAGCUCUGACCGACACUGGCACGGGGUCACCUGGGGGUUUGGCACUGGCUUUACAGCAGGUUCAGGCUUUGUGUACCUGGGGGAGGUGAGAGAAGAGUGUGGGCAGCUCUGAGGAACUGGCCACACUUCACUUGUGUCUCAGAAAUAACUGUAAAUCUCUAAUUCCUCUGCACAGAGGGGCUGUCACACACCUAACUGUUUGCCUGCAUGAAUAUGUGUCUUCUUGGGCAGCUUAAAUUCCAAACUCUGAAGACAUGAACCUGUUUGGGUCUCUGUAAGCCUCAGUGGAUUAAAUCCAGCUCACUUAGUUGUGCUUCAGCCAAGAAACAGCAAACGCACCUUCCACCCAUUUUCCUUUUAUCUGGCACCUGUUGGACACCAAUAUUCCCUUUCACGUGUACUCUCCCUCUGUGGGGAUCCUCACAGCCUUAACUUUUUCUAGGCUAUAAAAAGUUGACUGAGGCUUCCAAUGACUGUUAAGUGCUACCCUCUGCCCCCCAUCAAAUCCCCCAUUGUUGGGGCUGGAUACAUUCCCAUGCAGGGCUCUGGGCUCCUCGAGGCAGCAGAGGUGGCUCUUGUGUGUCACCACUGUGCAAGUGACACCUUUGGACCAUGAGGUACCAGGCUGACAAUUCAGUGGUUUGAAUUGUAAGAUGGAAUUCUCUUUCCUCUCCAGUUUCAGGUGCAAACUAUAAAGUGGUAGCAGUUGAUGUGGUUCACUCAAAACCCCAGUUCUGCUAAAGGCAGAGCUUGAAGCAUUCAGAGAAGUUGGGCUCCCUCCAUUGUUGAAACAUAAGCUAAUUAUAGAACUAGGAAGUGCUUCUUGUGCUUGACCUUAAGGGAUUUUUGAAGUCAUUCUCUAGUAGUAAGAGGAUGAUUUGGUAACUGGAAAGACUUUACUGUAUCUGUAUGUGGUUAACAGCGGAUCUUCUGAUUACCUUGAGUAAAUUAUUCUGGGAUAACACCAAGUGUGGCCUGGCUAUUAUAGAGCAGGGGAGAUGAUUCUUUCAGGUGCCUCUCUUCUCCCAUGGGGGUGAGAUUUGUCUCCUCACGUCCAUCCUGAUGAGAUUUCUGAACUCACUCUAACAAAUUUUGGUGCCGCUAUCUACUAGGUUGUAUAUGGUGCAAAAUCUGGGCCCAGAUGUUGCCUUCCCUCCCAGCAAAGGAGGAGUAGGGCCCUUUUCCUUCUUUCUCAGAGCAACUUUGUGCUAGCAAGUCUAUUGAACCCUGCCUAAUUCCAAGGAAAUGAAAAGGAGAUUACUGAAUGCAAUAGUGUAAAGUAGUUUGAGGCUUCUUUUCACUGAGAGCUAUUAAUACAUUAAAACUGCAGGAAACCAGUCCAUUUUAGACAAACAGCUUUUUGGCUUCCACUGGUAUUUCACGUAAGUAAAACUCUGGGAACUCAUCAUCCUAGCUGUGAAUCCAGUGGUGUCUGAUCAAAUGUAAUCCAUUCUUAACAAGACAGGAGAGUUAUUAAUGGCAAGAGGCAGUAAUGGAUAAAUCUUGCAGGAUGUAUUUCACAGCCCUGCCAAGUAUUUACCUGCCACUGGCUUUGGGCUGAAGCUGCACCAGGGUGUGAGCUGGAAGGCUGUUGAAGAAUGGCCUGGGAUUCAUGCUUCUUGUGGUGACAUUUGGGAUAUAAUGGUCACUGCCUGUGCAGCACUGGCAGGGCUGUUGGUUGUAGGUCUGGGAUGAGGGAUUCUGUAAGGUGGAUAAUUAACUUGCUUCUGGUGGAUUAUUUUGUGGAGAAAAACAGACUUUUGGGGGAAUGAAAAACACAGAUUCUGUACAUGGGCAUUGUAGCAGCCUACCUCUAGGAAUAACACUUUUCACUGUAAAAUUUAGCAGUGUUACAACAAUAGUGGGGGUUUGGUAUCUGUGUGUUUUAAAGGCCGUCCCAGAGGAAAGCUCCGAGGUACAGAGCAGAGAGCACUUGGCUGUUUCAUUGGAUCUUAAUAUGGCUGAAAAUCUGUAAAACCUAGAAAUCAUGUUGUGACUGGCAUAUCUUAGUUUAUUAGAGGAGCAUUUGAGGUUUUUAUGAUUUACUGAAUGGUUUUAAGAUCAAUAAAUAUCUAAUUACAGAUUCAAGGCCAGAUUAGAGUCCCAGUUCAGUUACCAGUGAGCCAAAGGUUGUAGUUGUUCAUAGAGACUGUGCAAAGAUCUGAGGAUGUGAAUGUACUGACAGGUCAGUUGCAGGCAGAGCUGCAUGAGAAUAACCCUUCCUUCCCCUCACAUUUUCCUGUGGGCUGAAUUUGUACUGUUUCCAGUGGUUGAUGAGAGCAGCUUUACAUUCCAUGUUGAAAGAAAUUUGUUGGUUGGAGAAAAAGGUGUCUUUCAAAACAAUGUCUCUACUUUAGUGAGCUCAGCACUGAAAUGUUAGAUAAGGGCUUAAGUCCCAUGGCUGGGAUCUGUUUGAAAUCAGACCUGGAUCUGUGUUUCACAUACCACAUGAUGCGAUUUCAGCCCACCUAAUUUCACUUCUUUGGUGCUCCUGAAUCUUAAAACCCUCCCAAUUUUGGGAAGAACUGAGUGUAGCUGAUGUGAUUCUGUGCCAUCCUGGAGGUGUGGUUGAAGAACCAGCUGGAUGAGGAACUCCUGGUAGGGAAGGAGAAGAGCAUGGCAGGGCAAUAGCAAUAAUGACUCAGUGCAAUACUCAGUGGAGGCACUGAAUUGUUGAGUUUAUUGAGCAGGAUCUUAUUUCAUGGGGUGAAAUGACAUUACAACUCCUGUCUAGUGUCUUUUUUUUCAGUCUUGGAGCUCUGAUUAUCCCCAUCAUCCCUGCUGGAACUAAAUCAGUUACCAUAGAAAAGGGAAUAUCCUGAGAAAGCAAUAGCACUGGUCUCCAGUGAGCCAGGGGUGAGCUGUCUGUCUGUCUGCUGGAAGGUUUCUCCUACACCUGGGUUAUUUCUGUGCCUUAUACUUGCUAAAGGUAACUUGUCUCUGGAAGGUUUGUGGUGACCAUACAGUUCUUGCUGAUCUUUAACUUGGAGACUUUUGCCAGGGAAUAACAGUCCAGAGCAUGCCAGAUUGUGACAUUAUUAUUUUUCUCUUUCAAUUUCUCUCCUGAGCACCACUUCUCUCUUCCUAAAUACACAGAAAGGAAAUGCACAGGGGCUUCAUUGUAUCUUAACAAAUCACAUUGACUGCUUUGGUGUGUCAGUUCUCUACAGGAAGAAUCCAGAACAUGCUUGCAACAGCAAGGUCUCACCUCUUACACCAGAACACAUUUACAUUUUUUGGUUUGUUUUGCUGUGCAACAGAACAGUUCUCCCUGGUUGUUCUUCACCUUUAUUCUGUUUUCACGUUGGCCAAACUGCCAAUGGACUUCUCAGUUCCCUCACACAAUUCAAGUACCACUGGGCUCUCUGGGCAACAUCUGCCAUGGCACAGUUGUGACCUAGAACAUUUUGCUGUAUUUCAACCACGGAAGCUGUAGCAGAGGAGACUCUGCUCGAGAUACCUGUUCCCAAAGCUACACCAAUGCAAUGAUCUCCACCACAGCUGGAGGGGACACACGGGUUUUUAAACAGUGCAGAUGCAGCCUUAGCAUUGCCACCACCAUGUCUUCAGCCUUUAGAUUGCAGUGAGAGGUUGCAGGAGUGUGGAUAAGCCUGGUACAGGACAGUAAGAGAUGAUGGCAAGCCUUCUGCAAUAACUCGUAAUUCCAUUGAUCAGUAGUAAAACAUGUACAGAUAAAACUUGAUGAAAUGUAUUUUAUGUGAAGAAAAAAAAAUAAUGUAAGAACUGUAUAUUGUAUUAGCAGCUUUGUGUAUAAAAUGGCAUUUUGGCAAUCAGAGUCUAAUAUAUUUAAAACUUUUUUUAAAAAAGGAUAUUUGAUAUUGUAUGGAAUUGACUUUAUUGCUACUGUAAGUAUGAAGAUGGUUUCUUAACAUGUUGAAGCAAUGCAUAAAAUCUUAAACUUUAUGUAAAACUCAUGCCAAAAGCGUAUGUUUGACAGUAUUAGCACCUGACUCAGUGUCUUUAAUAGAGAGAUUGAAUUUUUUAAUUUAAAAAUUAUAUUAAAUUUCUUUUAAUAAUACAAA